AUGUCUUCAAACGAGACGUCGGACUACGAAGGUGCUGAUGCGUUGACAAUUUCAACACCGCCGGCGGAACGUUCGCCAGUCACAAGAAAGCCGAAACCAAAAUGUGCUCGAUGUCGAAAUCAUGGCAUAGUCAUCCGAAUUAAAGACCACAAACCAGUCUGCUGCUACCGCAAUUGUACCUGCCAAGACUGCAAUCUGACCAAGAUGAGACAAGACGUCAUGAAGAAACAAGUGGCUCUUCGCAGAAGACAGGCGACGGAUCGAAGAAUCGGAAUUUCCAGGACCGGGCCAUUGCCUGCAUUGCCAGUAACUCGGCCAGAGAACCACCCUCCGGAAAACGUAUAUACACCAAGGCCAGCGCCUAGUUCGUCCGUGGCUCCAAAUUCAGGUUUCUCACCUGCGGCGGCGAUUGGGUCAGCAGUGGCACAGCAACACCAGCAACUUCUCAUAUUGAACGGAAAUACUAUGGCUUACGAACCAGUACAACAAUGGCGGACAAAACAAGCAGCAAUGGAAUCUAGCACACCACCAUUUCCACCUUAUCCAGCAUCCUGGCUGACUGCAAGCAACAACAUGUCAUCACCACCAGUCGCCAGCACACCUGGCUACACGUCACCGGUAGACAUGCCAUCUCAGCAUACCGCCUACAUGAGUGGUGUGAUCCAGCCAGUCUGUACUCAACAUGGUUCGAGCAUCAAUGAAAACAAAGGGGAAGUGCCUGUUACAACAGAAGACACGACCAAUCAGACCACAACCGAUGCAGCGAUUCGUCAAGGAGUAGAAAUGCGACAGCUGGCUAACUACCAAUAUUGGAUCAAUAGCUCGACUACAUACCAGAUGUAA